AUGUCAGAAUACUGGAAAUCGACACCAAAGUACUGGUGCAAGCACUGCAGCAUCUUUGUCCGCGACACGAAGCUAGAACGACAGAACCACGAGGCGACGGGCAAGCACCAGGGCGCGCUCAAGCGGUUCCUGCGCGACCUCCACCGCGGCCAUGAACAAGAAGAGCGUGAAAAGGACAGGGCGAAGCGCGAGGUGGAGAGGUUGAAGGGGAUAUCGUCCGGCACGCCAUCAUCAUCAUCAUCCUUUUCAAGACCCGGUGGUUCGAGCAGCAGCGGCGCGCCGCCGUCGGCGGAGGCGCAGCGCAAACAGCAGAUGGAACAGCUCGCCGAGAUGGGCGUUUCGAUACCGACGGAGUUUCGGGGCGAUAUGGCGAUGGCGGGGGAGUGGACGGUCACUGCGACAAAGGUUGUCGACGACGAGGAGGCGGCGAGGGAGAGGGACAAGCCUGUUGAGGCUAAGGCUGUUGGGGUGAGGAAGCGGGAGCAGACGGAGGAGGAGAGGGAGGAGGAGGAGGCUGUGAGGGGGUUGUUUAAGAGGCCUAAGAAGUGGGGGAGCACGAGGACGAUGCCGGCUGACGACGAGGAUCUUGAUGCGUUGUUGAGUGGGAAUACGCUGAUGAGGGCUGUGAAGAAGGAGGAAGAGAAGGAUAAGGCUGAGGUGGAUGUCAAGACCGAGGUGAAGCAGGAGGGUGAGGGAGAGGAUGCGGCGGGAGCUAUAACUGAUGCGCCGGCUGUUAAGAGUGAGCCGGUGGAGGACGAGGCUGGGAAGGGCUUGGACGUGCCGACCUUGGGAGAGGACGGCGUCAAGAAGGAGGAUGAGGCUGCGGAAUCCACGGAGGCCGCGGCGCCGGCGGUAGUGUUCAAGAAGCGUAAGCCCAAGAACAUGCGACAAAAAUGA